AUGGCCCAACUGGCUCUGGAUGACCCUCUGGCUUUGAAGAAGCUCUUGGGGGACUGUGCCGUACCAGCUCCGGUGGUGGCCAACCUGGACCAUUUGGGAUAUCGUUCGGUGGCACUCCUGGGUUUUGCAGUUCCUACGGAUGGUCAUUUUGAUGAUUUGAUUGAGAAGUUGAUGCCCCGCGACUUGGGGGAAACCAUUGACCUUUUGUCGCCAGGUGCUGCUAGUCUGCGCCGAGCCCUUCGGCAGUGCUUUGAAGCUUGCCAAUCGAAAGGUGGUGGGAUGCCCAGUGAACCGACCAUGGCUAACCCAACCAAACCCAAACUCUCUCUGGCGGAAUACAAGGAACUGAAGACCAAGUUCACUGAACAUUUCCCUGGUGAAUUGCUGACACCGGAAUCCACUCCGAGUUACAUGUUUUUGGCUAGCCUCAAAGACCAGAUUGAUGCAGGUAUAUGGACUUGGACACCUUGGCGUCACCGCAUUUCAGAACAUGCAGAGAUGCUUUUUCAGGAGAAUAGGAAACCACGAUCGGAUCACCAAUUGCUACAACGAAUGUUGAAUCAACAAGACCUGCUUGAUUUCCCGGAAGCUAGCGUGCCCUCCGGAGGCCCUGUCGAGCCUGUGUUGUUGCGUUUCCAAACCCUCCUUGCAAAUGCCCUUGCGAUGCUGCAGCUUGUCCACUUGAUUGUUGUCAAGAAAUUCCACUACAAGUUCAAUGAGCUUGCCUUGGGAGUACCGGUUGAUUCGUCGUUGCGUGCUCCGAACUUGCAGGAAGUUUUGGCCGCUGACAAAUCGGUUUGGAUUGCCGUCACAUCAGCUAUGAGAGAUAACAGUUGGUCUUUGAGUGACACCAUGUCAGAGAUCGCAUAUUGCCGGCAGGAUAUGCAAACAGCUCUGCAACCUCGACCUCGAGCUCUUCAUGCACCGGUCACUCCCAAAAAGGCUGACCCUAAGGCACCGCCCAAGAAGACGGGCACUCCGCCCCCAGUCAAAAAGGAUGACCGUUUGAAAGAUUGGAACGAUAGCUGGGAUGUGGAGAUCCCUGUACCCGUGUCGUUGGAGCCGCCUCCAGGCGAUUUUUCAGUGCAGGCCUUGGCGAAUGUUUUUGCUCCGUUUUUGUCCAAGCGGGCUGCGGUGCUUACCCUGGAUCAAUGGCCUUCCUGUUUGCCUCCGGAGUUUCCAGCGCAAAUCCAACACCAACGAGUUGAAGAUGGUGGUGGCCUGAUUAGCACUGCUGUUUGGCAUACUCCCCAUGUUACUCUGGGUUUCAUCUCUGUGGGAAUCAUUGCGGUCCUGCCAGACACCCAUGAAGCUCUUCAAGCCUGGAAGGACGCAUGUGGAACGACGAAGCUGAUGCGCUUAGUCGCGGUCGAGAAUUGCCAGGCUGAACUUGAGGGAACAGCUGACUCCAGCAAUUUCUUCAACAAGAAGCAGCAUGUCUUAGCACUCUUAAGCGUCUUGGGCCUUGGUCAGUUGAAAGGAUGCGAUGAGUUUGAACCCACAGCACCUCCAGCCGCUGUCGUGGUUUUUACAGUUUUGUUUGGUUUUCUCUUCAUGAUGUUUUGCAUGACCUUGCAGAACGUGCCACAGCAUGAAGCUCUUCAGGAAGAACCAGAACCUGAAGUGGCAACCUAUGACUCCGUUGGAGAACCAGUCUUGAAUGAAGAAGUCGAUGAGGAAGCGACUGAUGGAACAACAGCUUUGACCAGUUCCAUUCCAGACGAUGCUGAACAUCAAUUGGCAUUUGCAAUCCCGAGGAGUUCAAGUGACAUGCCAACACCAGAAGGCUUUCUGAACUGGCUGAUCAUCAGAUGCCAUCGACGCCUUGAAAAUCCAAAUUUGGAGAUUCGCAAAAGAAAUGAAUCUUAUGGUGAAGAAAGUGAGGAAGAACGAGAAUCUGAUGCUGAGAUGGAAUUCGAACGAGAACCCGAGGGAGAAGGCAACACCUCGGCGUGCUGCAUCUCCUGCCACAUCCUUAAGAACUUAUUGAAGGUUGAUGCCUUCGGUACUCCUGUGCCAAGCUCUGUGGCAAUUCCUGCUAUCCCUCAGGCAUUCCCUCCAGCGCGUCUUACUUCCACAGCAGGUUACCUGGAGCUUGAGUUGGUUCUGGCCACAAUAGAUCUCGAAGCAGAAUGUGAGGUUUUCCGCAAUGAUGCGGAUGACCUCGAGCCAAGCAUCUCCUGCUUCCGGGGCUCUUGCGUCAGCAUUGUCAGGUUGCCAGGCUUGCAGGUGGAUGCACAAUAUGCAUUUACGAUGCACAUCGUUCAAAGGAUCAGGGAUCCUGUCACCGGGCUGUGGUUUGAAUUCCACGGCCAACGCAGUCGUCCUAUUACCUUCGUGACAGCUGGCCUACCUGACUGGCAACUUGCUAUUCCAGAGACGACUUCUCUCGGAUCCAUCGUCAUGAGAUUGUCAUGGGAGGAGCCUAUGACAGGUGGAAGUGCAAUCCUGGGCUAUCAGGUGGAAAUGGAAACCGAUGUAAACCCUGGCUGGACCACCAUCUAUGAUGGCUCUUUGGAUCCAAAUGUGAAACAUUUGGUCCUGGAGAACCUGACUUAUGGAACUACAUACUUCUACAACGUGUAUGCCAUCAACGCGAUUGGCCGCAGCAAGCCAAUCUCCACAGCCUACACUGUUGCAGAGCCCUUGGAGAAAACCUUUUUUUAUCCCCUUGCCACGGAUCCGUCGAUACCCAAAGAUCCCAUUCCAGAUGCCAUUGUGGCAGACAUCCCGACAGAACUGGUCAUCCGUGCGAAGAACCCAGUGACUGAGCGGCUCGAGGAAGGCAGCACACACCGGAACUACUUGGCGGCGAUCUAUGACGCUUGUGAACUCAAUGUGAUGCGUUCACUCUGCCUGCCUGUACCAGAGCAUCAUCCAGACUAUCAGGACCACCGGCAGCGUGUGAAGAGGACCCCGGAUUGCUGCCACGUGACCACGCCGAACGGGGAUGGAACUUACAGUUUGUACUACACAGGGGACAAGACAGGGAUCUACUCCCUGAUGGUUUACACCAUUUUUCCCAAUGGCCUGUGGGGCCAGUAUUGGGAUAACAAUUGGUUCUAUGGCCUGCCUGUGCUGUCCCGUGUGGACAGUGAAAUUCAUUUCCAGUGGGGGCAGCAAGAAGUGACUGCUCUCGCAGGUGAUCAUAUCACAGCCAGGUGGGUUGGCUUCUUGCGCGGACCCACCACGAAUGAGUACACCAUCUACGUCAAGGCUGAUGAUAGUGUGAAGGUUUGGAUCCAAGGAGAGUUAGUGGUUGACUACUGGGACUCCGAAGAGCCAUGUUGCCCAGAACACUGGACGCGACAGAAGUUGGUGAAGGAUCAGUUCUACUCAAUUCGAGUGGACUGGAAGGAAGUUCAAGGCAACGCCCAACUGCGAUUGAUGUGGGGGAUCACAGGAAAAAGAAAACAGAUCAUCCCUUCCCAAUAUCUUUGGCGUGGAGCUCCGUUGGAAAACACGCCAUACCGCAUCGUUGUGGUGCCAGGAGAACCAAGUGCCUUGAUGAGUGGAUUGAUCGAACCCCUCGAGCGCGUUCGGAGCAGCGUGAAGCAGAUCGUUUAUUUCCAGGCCUUGGACAUUCGAGGCAACACUGUGAACAAUACGAACGUCACUUUCGAAGCGUUUUUCUAUCCCGUGGGCGCAGCAAAUGAUACUCUCCCGUUGAUCUUCAGGUCAACACCUGUCAUGUUGAAGCGACGAAGUCCAGAUGAGUGGCUCCACGACCAUCUGCAUAUCAUGGAAUUUGUGCUAAUGCAGCCUGGAAACUACACCUUAGAGCUUUACCUGCAGGGGAUCGGACAGUUAGCUAACAGCCCCUUGGAAAUUCUUGCUGCGCAAGAUGACGUGCAGCCACAAAUGUGUACAGUGUCCGGGCCUGGUGCUUUGGGUUUCACAGCUGGCGUGGAAACCAACUUCACUUUGCAGCUGCGCGAUGCUUUUCAGAAUCCGGUGCCACACAUUGAUGGAAUUGAGAUCUCCGUGGACAUUGCUUUCCGGGAAGAGAUCAAUCCGAAUGGCACCUUGAACGAUCGCUUGUUCAGGAACCUCACAGGAGGUCAUUAUACAACCGCCAAUUCCAUUACGAAAGGUCCUCAUGGCACGUACUUGAUCACGUACACGGGUCUGCGAGCAGGCUUCAACAGCCUCACUGUCAAGGUCAACGGUUUGCUCAUUGCUGGGGAAGAGGAACAGUUGAUCUACAAUCCACCCGUUCAAGGACAAAACAGGCCUUUGGAGAUCAUCGGCAGCUACAACGAACUGGCAGAUGGGCAGAUGUCCCUGUUCUCUCCUGCGAGGCUCCCUGCGGAGUGCACCACCGGAGUAAACUGCUCCGUUGUGUUUCACGUCCGUGACACCUACGGAAAUCGGAUGCUGGAUGACUUCCACUCGCAGCUUUGGUAUCACACGGUGUCCGACAGCUGCGACCCACGAGAUCCCUACGACCCUCUCUGCGUGGCAGUCGACGAGGGAGUUUGCUACCAUCUCUUCGGUGAGAUGCACGCGUGCGACUUGGUCCCGAGCAUCACCGGAAACUUCCUGCUGAGGUUGCUUGUAAAUGGUCAAGAUACAUCUUUUGGGACUUGGUCCGAAAGUGCUUUCAUUUACACGCUGGAGGCGCCAUACACGCAAGGCCCCACGUCUUUGCUGGUGAACACUGGGGACAUUAACACCUCCACUUCCACCAUGGAAGGGCCUGGCUUGGACCUGGCAGGCAAUGUCGUUGGCGUGCCUGUGCCUGUCACGGUGCAAAUGAAGGAUCAAUAUGGCAAUGACCGUAUUUUCACUGGAAACGACUUCCAGCAACGGCGCAAUGGCAUCGUUGCUUAUCUGGGCGACACCCAGCUGGCCACGCAAGUGCACGACAACGGUACCAUCACCGUGACGGUUCAAACGUUGCUCGCUGGCUACCACUGCUUGAGGGUCCUUAUGGGUGUGGGUUGUUUGCAAGCGAACCCUGUGGAUCUCUGUGACGAUAUCUCUGGAUCACCCUCACAGCUGCUGUGGUGGAAAGCGGCGGAAGUCUCUGAGAACGGCAUGACCUGCGAAACGCCUUACAUCUUCGAGGCUGGCACGCAGUAUCACUUCACGUGCACCGGACGCGAUGUCUUUGGCAAUCUCAAUCCGGAUCAUGAAUUGCAACUCACAGCCUACUUCGACUAUAUCCAGGACCCGGACGGCAGUGAGCCGCUGGAUGGUUGGUUCCGAGGGAACUUGAGCGACAACUACAACCAGACAUUCGCAGGAAGUUAUUUUGCUUCUGAUUCAUUGUACCACUUCGAGCCAACUGUCUUCCGCGCUGGUUUCUACACGAUUGAAAUUUAUUUGCUACGACCGGGAGGUGCUACUCCUGUGCUCGUUCUGCCCACGAAAGUCCAAGCAGAAGGACGUCCUGCUGGAGAGCAAACCUUUAUCCUGUGCGUACCCUCCACGCCAGCCCCGAUGUCAUCAGUGGUGGUGCCUUUUGUCACUGCCUCCGCCACCAUUGCCAAUGAGGUCCAGAUCCAGACCCGUGACCGCUUUGGCAAUGCUAUCGAAGCUUCAUAUGGAGACAUUUUCACUGGGCUUCUGUAUGGAGAGCAACAGGUGAGUAUCAGCUUCGUGCCUUUGUUCCAAGGCCGCUAUCGAGGAGUGCUUGUGCCUUUUACGGCCGGAGAGACCGUCAUUGACUUCCGCGUGCAGGGCGAGUCGAUCGUCGGUUCUCCGUUUGAUUUCUUGGUGACUCCUGGCCCUUUGGUGAUCACGAGAUCUCUGGUAGAGGGGUUUCCUUCAGAACUGACAGCUGGAAAGCUCUCCUGCUGGAACAUCACUUUGCGAGACGGCAAUGCCAACCAUCGCAUGGAUGCGCUGUUCCCCGGAAGUGAUACGCAACUGGAGUCGGUGACCUGUUCAGAUCCCGGAUCAUAUUGCAAUCACACGGAUUUGAACGGCACCUACACCUGCUGCAUCAACAAGACCAGGGUCCAGGAUGGUGAUACCAAUUUCAUCCUCGACGAGUUCCUGUUUUCUUGCAGAGUCCGAGGCGAUGACAUCGAGCCUCCCGUGAACGUGAAGCUCAACCCCCAUGCGUUGUCACCGCUGUGGCCAGAUAGUAGCAACAAGACUGGCUAUGGAAUGAUGGGGCCAUAUGAUUUCCCCAUAUACCUGGAAGAGCAGACCGGCUGGCAGGAUUGGCCGACGACCUACUUCCGACGGGUGCAGAACCAGCUGGCGGAGCAGCCCAAUUCACGCAACAAUGUCCUUCGAUUGUGGUAUGCCGAUGGCUUCCUCAAUGUCUUCCGAGGUGAUGAUGCUGCCCUAUUGCUUUGUGAAGUCAAAGGACCUCACACCUUGAAGCAACGAACUCUUGGGAGGCCAACCAGAUCUCUGUAUCGCUUGCCCUACGUGUUGAACCAAGAGCUUGGAGUCUUCGAGGUGAGUUUGGAAUUUGCUCAGGCGGGUUUGCACGCGGUGUUCUGCUCCGUGGCGGUGCGCGGCGGCGUCAACGUGCAGAGCUUCUCGGAGAGCUCCUUCGGUGGCAGCGAGCAGCGCAGCGUCCAGCAGGAGGUCAAUGUGAGUGAUGCGACCUCCCUAAACGCUGCUCCUUCAGCUCGUUGGGAUGCCAUUGUGCUUCCACCAACGACAGCAAACUACAGCUUCAUCCUACGCUGCCGUGGAAAGGAAGCCACACUGAUCUUCGAGAAUCAGUUGCGUGCCACAGUGCAUGCACUGGGCGAACUGAAUGAGGACUUGGAAGCCGCCAUCGGUCCUUUGAGCCUCAAGGCCUCCGAGCCGUAUGUCAUUCAGAUUGCCUGGACCUCGCGGCCAUCAGAGUCACCUCUGAUUCAACUCUUCUGGGAGAACGAUGCAGCUGCUCGGAGCUUGCUGCCCUCAACGUACUUGUACCAUUCGAAGACAUUGCUCUUGGGAUAUCCAAAGACCAUCAACGUUUUGGACGUCCCCGGAGCAGUUCAGUCCUUCGAGCGUGUGGAGCCAUACGAGGAUGGCAAGGUGCGCUUGCGCUGGACACCGCCUCUGCAUCCCAAUGGCCGAAGCAUUACCAGUUACAGGUUGAAACAUGACAACGGUUUGGGUGGUGCUUUCGACUAUGACGUGGAAGUGGAGGUGGCGUUCCUGACCUUCAGCCCCAUCAUCCCGGCCUCCUUCACGGACGUCACCAUCCCCGUUGCCAACACCUUCGGCGAGUCCGGUCCCCCGUUGGACGCCACGAAGACCUAUCGCUUCGAGCUGCGUGCGUCCAACGAUGACCGCGCAGAUCGAGACCUCCAACUGGACGGCGGUGGCAUCUCAGAUCAACCUGUGGUGAUUGCCGUGUAUCCAACGGCGCAGGUCUCAGCUCCUCUGUUGCCAGUUUUGCAGCAAGCAGAGGAACAUGGCAGCGAAGGCUUUGUGAGGAUCAGAAUUUAUCCCUCUGGACCUAGCAAUGUUGGGCUUACGGUGCAGUACCGAGUCUUGCAGGUAGCCUGGUCCUUUGCCCUCAACGAGUCCGAAAGGAGUCCUCCACUUGAACUCGUUUGCUGCUACAUGACGCCACCAGAGGCGCCGCCACGGCUACGCCGGAAGCCCGGUGUCCUUGGCCUCGAAGCAACCCAGAUGGACGAGCGCAUCACGGUGGUUUGGGAUACACCAGUCACUAUCGGGGAUCGGGCCAUCACUCACUACCAGGUGAGCAUGGUCCCCGUGCUGGUCCUUCAGUCAGGCGAAAUUUUGCGCAGUACGCAGGUCUUGAAGGACACGGUGUCUGCAGCUGUUCAAGAGAUGCAGUUCGAUGGCUUGGUUCCUGGAGAGAUCUACAACCUAUCCGUAGCAGCAGUCAGCGCAGCUGGGGUUGGGCCCUUCACCCAAGAGUUGGAACUACGGGCAUGCAACUACAGCACAGCGCCAAGAGAUUUGUAUGUGGCAGAUCAAUCCGUGAGCGCAAUCCUUCUUGCUUGGAGCGAGCCUUUCGUCGUUGGUGCUGCUGGCUUGCGAGACUACCUCAUCUACGUCAACGUGAGCACCACAUCGAUGACUCCUGCACCCUACUUGAUUGGCAGCACAGCACCAGGAGAGACGAGUUUCAACGUGACUGGCUGGAGCUACGUUGCCACGGACUCCCGCUUGCGGAAGAUCAGUCUCAUCCCAGGUCACAGCUACGACUUCUUCGUGGAAGCGAGGAGCGCUGCUGGCAUUGGUCCUGCGUCUGCGACGCCGCUGCUGAGGGCCUUUGCUGCGUCAAAGGCCUCAGCGCCACAGAACUUCGCCAUCGAUUUGCAGUCCCUGAGUACAGGCCUGGCGAUACUCUCGUGGACAGCACCUGCCUCUGAUGGCUCCUCCUCCAUCACGGGAUACAGAGUGCAGCGCAGGAAGGUUUGGCCUGGCACAUUCCUGACUCAAUGCUCAGUGCUGAUCAACAACUUGGGCGAUACAGGCGGUGUUUGUGUGAUUUCCAACUUCUCGGAUUUUGGCGCUGCAGAUCAUGAUAUCGUACACGAACAACCUGGGAGGGUGCGCAUUUACACGGGUCGAACGGCCGUCAGCAAUGUGCAACGAGACCAGCAGAGCUCAAUCAGUUGCUCCACGGAGAUCUUUGGUGAUCCGUUGUUCCCAACUGCUGCCUAUGACCCUGGCCUCAACUUUGAGCCGCUGAGAGAAUGCUACGUCAUGAUGGAAAGCUGCACUGAGCUGAUCGGAGGUUGGUACGAUGUCAACGGCAACUUGGUAGACUGCACCUGGUAUUCUGAUGAUCCUGCACGCUGCAGUGCUGUCAACGCUUCCUCAGCAAAUUCCAGUGCAUGUUGCGCUUGUGGUGGCGGCCAAAAACAGAGAGAGCUUGCCUUUUGCGCCAAGGAGGGAGGAACUUGCGAAUUGAAUGCUUCCACUCCAGCAUUUGCAGGAACCAAGGCGGACUACUCCGAUGGCAUAACGCCAGUGUAUUUUGGAAAACUGGAGAGUAUCUUAUGGAACAUCAGCGACAGUAGUGGAGCUGUCUCCUGCAGUCGUGCAUUUGGUGGAGAAAUUACGGGAGUCAGCGUUUUCGACUACACCACCCAACAGUACUGCUAUCUGGUUGAGACGAUCGGUGCUUCAUGGAUGGAAUUGAGUGCUGAAACGUACACCAGUACAGCAACCAGCUACACCGAUGUGCGCGGCGUCAUCAGCCAUCGAUAUUUGUAUCGUGCCUAUGCAGAGAAUGGCGCCGAUGGUGGAGAGACCAGCAUGACGCAAGAGAUCUCUGCCGUGAUUGGGGACCUGCCAGCGGCGCCCGUGACUACUGUUCUGGGUUCAGAUCAGAUGAGUGUGCGGAUUUCUUGGGAGGAGCCACCAGGACGCGGUCUUCCAACUCAGGGCUAUCGGGUCUACGUUGAUGGCGAAUUGGCCUACGACGGUGCCACAGAUCCAGUGACCCGCGAGUUCACGUUGCUGAACUGCACACGUGGGGAAUUGGCCGAUCUCGCUGUGGCUGCUGUCAAUGAUGCCGGUGAGACAUUGGUGCCAACGUUGAUCACCCGGCAUUGUGCACGGCGACCUUAUCGGCCUGAGGCCCCAACCAUCGUCUCCGUGGACUGCCGAGAAGAGGCAACGCCGGAGCGUGGCCUCAUCGAGAACCACAUACGCAUAGCCUACAACGAGCCGGCAGACAAUGGGGGACGACCACUGACGGGAUGGCGCAUCCAACGCGCAGCAGGGCAAUCGCUGAGCUUCCGUGGUGUGGGGCCUUUGUUUCCGAUCCCGGAGAAUGAAGUCUAUUUCGAUGACUACAAUGACCUGGACGGAGCUGGAAGGAUUGGCUUGACAUAUGGGGAGAUCUACAAGUAUCGGGUUGUAGCUGUCAACGACAUUGACGAAUGGGACGAUGAAAGUGCCUCUGACUAUACCAUCGUGAGAUGUGCAAACGAGGCCCUCCCGACACCAUGGUGGCUGCUGCUGAAUGAAACUUCCACAUCCACCAGCACCAACUUGGUGAACUUCACUGCGACCAGCAGCGUGGUCAGCGGCUUCAUUUGGUCCACCGAGAUGAAAACCACCUCCACGACGACGGCGGCAGCGAUCAACGGCAGCGAUGCCUUUUACAAGCUGUUGGGCCUGGACCCAUCAGACGUCUACCUGGGCGAAGAUGUUGAGGAGGAGAUCAACGUCUCGCAGAGCAUCGCGCUCUUCUACGAUGCGUUCGAUUUGCCAACUCCACCAAUCCUACGCAUUGCGUGGACUGGGUGCAAUGCCACUGCUCGCGGAAGGAGUCCAUGUGCCACAUCCUUUCCAGACAGGAUGGAUAUCACUGGUUGCGUUGGUAUCGAGUUCGAGCCCAACGAAUCUUCGUUAGAAUGUCCCAUGGAAGCCUAUGAGAUCUAUCGCAAUAGCGAGCCACUGGUUACGCUGUCUUCGGAGCAAAACGGAUUCGUGGAUGGCUUCACAGAUACAACUUUAUCUGCCUCGAAUCUGCUAUUUCCUGGAGCUGUCUUCGGCUGCUAUGCGACGCUUCCCAACACCAACUUGCACGACAAGCAAUUCUACAAGAUACGGAGCAAGAAUUGCAAGGGCUGGGGCCCCUUUUCUUCUGAAGUCCCUGCUGCCGUGAUCUCACCACCUGCUGCAGUCUGUGGUCUUUGGACGUUCGACUCCGCCUGGCAGUACACUUGCAUCUCGCCGGGUCUCAGCAUGACACCUCUGACGUCGACAUCGGUCCGCUUUGACUGGACGUUGCUACAGGAGGCGCCGUUCCAAGAUGUUGGGUCCAACUUCUCCAGGGUGCAGGAGCAAAUUGGACAAGUUGGUGGAGGAGUUUAUCUCACGCUGGCUGAGCAGCUCAUAGGAUCCUAUGACCCCAGGAUGCUUCUUGGGUAUGAGUUGUUUUUGGAUGAUGGACUGGGUGGACCUUUCGGCUUGGUAUUUGAUGGUAAGUCCAGGCGCUGGACCAAGACGGCGACGAUCACUCGUUUGACGACGGGCCGUGACUAUCGCGCAUUUGUGCGCGCUGUGAGUGUGGCGGGCAAUGGUGAUGCUAGCAACGUCCUUUACUUCAAGAUGGCCACACCGUUGCCACCACCGGAAAUCAUCUCAGUGACCACUGCGUCCUUGAAAUCAGCACUGCUCACCUGGGACAUUGGACAGGCUACUGUGGAUGAGUUGGCGAUUACUCACUACGUCAUCGAGCUUGCCACGGAACCGUUCGAUGCUUGGUUUGCUGUGCCAAACUCUCCGGCCGAUAACACCCAGUACAGCCUUCUGGUAACGCAGCUGGAGCCGGAUUUCAAAUACGCCAUCCGAGUGACCUCUGCCAGCGUCAACGGUGUGGGCGAUCCUUCAGAGCCCUACUACUUUUGGGCGGGCGUCCUCCCAACGGAGGGAGCCCGUUUGGUGCAGAGAGUGCAAUCAGACGAAGGCAUCAUUACAAUAAGCUGGCAGUUUCCUUCUGGUGACAUGCUGGGAACAGGAACACGGAUGGAAGCCGUCACAUCUGACUGGGGUGUAAAAGGCUAUAUGUGGGACCCAAAGGAGCAGCCGAGUUUGGUCUACGACGGUUUUGGAAAUCCAACGCAGGUGCCAGUGCCCAGGGUCUCGAGUGUCUCGCUCCAUAAGUCGCUGGUUACCAUGAUUGGUGAAGGCCCGAUGUCAACACCACUGGCUGUGACGAAUGCGAGGUUGCCUGGAGUGCCCCGGAAUGUCAUCGUCACGAACACCACCACCAGCAGCAUAUCGCUGGCAUGGGAAGAGCCAGAAGACACAGGCUGUGUGCCUAUCUACCAGUAUCGCAUCCUCAGAUAUUUCGGAGAUCAAGGUUUCAAGAUUGUUGGCUAUGCAGCCGCUGCCAGCGGAGUCUUGCAGAUACCUGCUGCACGUGAAUAUAUUGACGAUGGGCGUUGUUUCAUCGAGCCACCUACAAUUGACGACGGAUCCUGCGACUGUCCGCCUUCCUGCUUUACAACAGGCAACCUCUACCGCUUUCAGGUUCAGGCUUGUGUGCCUUGGCAGGGAUGCUCACAAGAUGUGCUCUAUGCAGAUGCUCCUAGCCAAGGUUGA